GCGGAUGCCCGUACCCCCGACAGCCUUCCCGGGCAGAGCAGGGGCCUCUGGCCGUUUGCUUGCACGGUGGCCCCUGCCCUGCCUGGCUCCUGCGGGACCUCCUCCGUCCUGUCCCUUCACACCCCGGUGCUCGCCCGUGCCGGCAGCCCGGUCGCGGCGGGGCAGAGGUUGGAAGGGGUCUCCGGGGGUCCUCUUGCCGACCCCCUGCCCAGGCAGGGUCACCCGCGGCAGGCUGCCCGGGCCCACGUCCAGACGGUGCCCGUGCUCCUGUCUUGCUUUCGGUGCUGCUUUGUGUGAAGACGCUGCCAGGUGACGACGAGUGCCUAGCAGACUCUCCUCCUCCUGUCAGAGGCUUGCUUCUCCUCCUUCACCCGUCAAAAGUCCCGUCCCUGCCUUCUUAAUUGGGCCGCUCGGUUUGAAGCCGCUGAGGAAUACUACUGAUACGCUUCGGGGAUGUGCUGUGGAAGGGCAGCCUUCCAUCCCUUCCCCGCGGCAUUUCUCCAGACAGCUCCUCCAGGCCCUUUCCCGAGCCAGACUCCCUUGCUGACCACCCAGUUGCGGUGCUUCUGACACGCUGGUUAUUCUAACACCAGGUUGUCGAUGAGAUUUCUGCGAGAGAGUAAACAGCUGUGGCGCAGGGUUCAGCAACAGGUUCACCCAAACCUUUCAGCAAAAGAAGAUUCCCUCUAUUACAUUGAAGAGUUGAUACUUCAGCUGCUAAACAAACUAUGCAUUGCUCAGCCACGGACUGUCCAAGAUGUAGAGGAGCGCGUUCAAAAGACAUUUCCUCAUCCAAUAGACAAGUGGGCGAUUGCUGAUGCGCAGUCUGCUAUAGAGAAACGAAAAAGAAGAAACCCUCUCCUGUUACCUGUGGACAAAAUACAUCCUUUAUUAAAGGAGGUCCUAGGUUAUAAGGUAGAUUACCAUGUCUCUCUGUAUAUUGUGGCUGUCUUAGAAUACAUCUCAGCUGAUAUUUUAAAGCUGGCUGGAAACUAUGUUUUCAAUAUACGACACUUUGAGAUCUCCCAGCAGGACAUAAAAGUAUCAAUGUGUGCUGAUAAGGUUUUGAUGGAUAUGUUUGAUCAGGAUGACAUUGGUUUGGUUUCUCUCUGUGAAGACGAACCCUCUUCUUCUGGGGAACUCAACUACUAUGACCUAGUGAGAAACGAAAUUGCAGAAGAAAGGCAGUAUCUGCGGGAGUUGAAUCUGAUAAUAAAAGUAUUUCGGGAAGCUUUCCUAUCAAACAGAAAAUUGUUCACACCUAAUGAUAUUGACGUGAUAUUUAGCAACAUUUCGGAUAUUCAUGAGCUGACAGUGAAGCUUUUAGGGUUGAUUGAGGAUACUGUUGAAAUGACUGAUGAAAGUAGUCCUCAUCCUCUGGCUGGCAGCUGCUUUGAGGAUCUUGCAGAGGAGCAAGCCUUUGAUCCAUAUGAAACCUUGUCCCAGGAUAUUCUCUCUCCACAAUUUCAUGAGCAUUUUAAUAACUUAAUGGCAAAACCUGCUGUUGCUCUCCACUUUCAGUCUACUGCUGAAGGGUUUAAAGAAGCUGUACGAUACGUCCUCCCACGACUCAUGCUUAUCCCAGUCUAUCAUUGUUUGCACUACUUUGAGUUACUACAGCAAUUGCAGGAAUGCAGUGAAGAUGAAGAGGAUCGGGAGUGCUUAAAACAAGCCAUUACUGCUCUUCUGAAUCUGCAGUGCAGCAUGGAGCGGAUUUACAGCAAACACUCCCCAAGACGUCGGCCUGGGGAGCCAGUCUGUCGCUUCUAUAACCGACAAAUAAGAAGCAAGCACUUGGCCAUCAAGAAAAUGAAUGAAAUCCAGAAAAAUAUUGAUGGCUGGGAAGGCAAAGAUAUUGGGCAGUGCUGUAAUGAAUUCAUAAUGGAAGGAGGCUUGACAAAAAUAGGAGCCAAACAUGAACGCCACAUCUUUCUCUUUGAUGGAUUAAUGAUCAGCUGUAAAACUAAUCAUGGUCAAUCACGGCUUCCUGGUUACAGCAAUGCAGAGUAUAGACUGAAGGAAAAAAUUAUCAUGAGGAAAAUACAGAUUAUUGAUAAAGAUGACACAUCUGAAUAUAAACAUGCUUUUGAACUGGUGUCUAAAGAUGACAACAGUAUACUGUUUGCUGCCAAGACUGCUGAAGAGAAGAGUAAUUGGAUGGCUGCUCUCAUUUCCCUCCAGUAUCGCAGUACUCUGGAUAGGAUGCUUGAUUCAGUGUUACUGCAAGAAGAAAAUGAACAGCCACUGAGGUUACCUAGCCCAAGUGUGUAUCGUUUUGUAGUGGAAGACUCUGAAGAUAACAUUGUUUUUGAGGACAACUUGCAAAGCAGGAAUGGCAUUCCUAUCAUCAAAGGAGGAACAGUUGUGAAAUUAAUUGAAAGGUUAACAUACCAUAUGUAUGCAGAUCCUAAUUUUGUACGUACUUUCCUUACCACAUACCGCUCCUUUUGCAAGCCCCAGGAACUGUUGAGUUUACUGAUUGAAAGGUUUGAAAUCCCAGAGCCUGAGCCUACUGAAGCAGACAGGCUGGCAAUCGAGAAAGGGGAGCAGCCUAUCAGCGCAGACCUUAAGCGAUUUCGCAAGGAAUAUGUCCAGCCAGUACAACUCAGAAUAUUAAAUGUUUUUCGUCACUGGGUAGAGCACCAUUUUUACGAUUUUGAAAGAGAUCUGGAGUUACUAGAGAGAUUGGAGACGUUUAUUUCCAGUGUAAGAGGAAAAUCCAUGAAGAAGUGGGUGGAAUCAAUUGCUAAAAUCAUCAAGAGAAAGAAAGCUCAAGCAAAUGGAAUUAGUCACAACAUCACCUUUGAGAGCCCACCUCCCCCAAUCGAGUGGCACAUUUGGCGUAUUGGGCACAGCGAAACGCUGGACCUCAUGACUCUGCAUCCUAUAGAAAUUGCUCGACAGCUAACGCUUCUCGAGUCUGACCUUUAUAGGGCAGUACAGCCUUCUGAACUCGUUGGUAGUGUGUGGACUAAAGAAGAUAAGGAAAUUAACUCCCCAAAUCUAUUGAAAAUGAUUCGUCAUACUACAAAUCUUACUCUUUGGUUUGAAAAGUGCAUUGUGGAAACUGAGAACUUUGAAGAGCGAGUGGCUGUGCUGAGUAGGAUUAUAGAAAUCCUGCAGGUUUUUCAAGAUCUGAAUAAUUUCAAUGGUGUUUUGGAGAUCGUCAGUGCAAUGAACUCUGUGUCAGUGUACAGACUAGAUCACACAUUUGAAGCACUACAGGAAAGAAAAAAAAGAGUUUUGGAUGAAGCAGUAGAAUUAAGUCAAGAUCAUUUUAAAAAAUACCUAGCUAAGCUCAAGUCAAUUAAUCCACCCUGUGUGCCUUUCUUUGGAAUAUACCUAACAAAUAUUUUGAAGACAGAAGAAGGGAAUCCUGACUUCCUUAAAAGACAAGGGAAAGAAUUAAUUAACUUCAGUAAGAGGAGAAAAGUGGCUGAAAUAACAGGAGAAAUUCAGCAGUAUCAAAACCAGCCUUACUGUUUACGGAUAGAGCCAGAAAUUCGGAAAUUCUUUGAAAAUCUCAAUCCUAUGGGGAAGAUACCAGAAAAAGAGUUUACAGAUUAUCUGUUCAACAAGUCAUUAGAAAUUGAACCUCGAAACUGCAAGCAACCACCUAGAUUUCCUAGAAAAACAACAUACCCCCUGAAAUCUCCCGGGAUAAGGCCCAAUACUGGCAGACAUGGCUCCACCUCUGGCACCUUGAGAAGUCAUCCAUUGCCACUUGAAAAGGAACCGAGUAAGAUAAGUUUCAGUAGAAUCACUGAGGCAGAGCAUGAAUCAACAGUAUCGGCACCAACUUCUCCGAACACCCCGUCUACACCACCAGUGUCUGCUUCUUCAGAGUUCAGUGUGUUUUUAGACAUCGAUCUCAACAGUUCUUAUGGUAACAAUAGCAUCUUCGCUCCUGUCAGUUUGCCACAGUCGAAGACUUUCUUCAGCUCGUGGGGUAGCUUUCCUAAACUAAGUGAUGAGCCUCAAAACCCUCCUCCACUUCCUCCACGAAAAAAGAUGGAUCAGGAUGCUUCUAAUGCUAAGGGAAGUUUAAAGUCGGACGACGAUCCUCCAGCAAUUCCACCUCGGCAGCCGCCACCUCCAAAGAUACAGCCUCGUGCUCCAGCUUACACUAACCCCUUUGACCAGCCGCUGCACAGCCCUCCUCCUCCACCCCCCCGGGACCCUCUUCCUGAUACUCCACCACCGGUACCGCUCCGGCCACCCGAACACUUUAUCAACUGCCCUCUAAACCUCCAGCCGCCUCCGGUGGGACGCUUGCACAGAGAUCCCGACUGGUUCAGGGAGGCGAGCACAGGCCCCAGCUCUCCCGGCACUCCUCCCAGCACACCCUCUCCCAGGGUACUGCGCCGCUGCUGCGUGCUCAGCGCCAGUCACAACAACCUGGUCCACCCGCCUGCGCCCCCGGUCCCACCCCGGCACAAUUCGAGCCCUCAGUUACCAAAACUGCCACCAAAGACUUACAAAAGGGAGCUCUCCCACCCUCCUUUGCACAGACUGUCUUUGCUAGAAAAUGCAGAAACUCCUCAAUGACCUUAGCCAUAGUAGUCAUUGACACUGGAAUAGUAUUUGUAAAGUUCCUUUUUUUUAUUUAUUCAAAAAAGGCAGUGUAUUUUAGUACUUUCACAAAUUAUGCUCUUAAAGUGCUGCUGAUCAAGAAAAAAAAGUUUAAAUUGGAAAAAUAAGACUACACACACUCUAGCCUGCAUCUGUUUGACAGCAUUACCCUCAGGUGAUCAGCAGCAUUGCCUUGUUUCACAUCCUCAGUGCUGACAGUUAUGCCAGUAUACAAAAUAUAUCUUUUGCACUGUAAACUACACUAAAUGAAUUUAAACUGACAUCAUUUAAUUGCACUGAGCCAAAAAAGGUGCGUCUGUGGAAUUUUUUCAAAUUUGAGCACUAGUGGCCUUUUUUUUUUUUUUUUUUUAAACUAAAAAAAAAAAGCAACGGGAUGAUUACACAACACAAGGAUAUGCAGUGUUACCGAUUUUAAACCUCUGGCCACUUGCCUUCUAACUUCAUGUAAGCUUGGAGGUUCGUGAGUGACAGCUACUGUUCCUGAAUAUUUUAAUGCCAUGUCUUAAUUGCCAUUGAUUUGCUGCUGAAGACAAAAAAGAAAAAUAGCUUGAAAUCUAAAUACCAAAAUAUUCAGUUGGUCUUGAUUAUUUUGAGAAAGGAUGGACAAGGACUACCUGUCUCGGAUAUUGGAAAGGAUCCCUAGUACUUAGCAUGCAUCUUGUUCAGAUGUGCCUUUUUGUUUUGGUAGGCGAAGAUGUCUUAAGCUAAAGAGUUGUCUACUGUUCUGGAGAACAAAGCUAUAUGCCGUGUAUGUACAAUUGUUUAUAUUGUAUAUUUACAGAUAAUGCUAAUAACCUGUAUAAAUUUAAGUGACUUGAGGCCUAUAAUACAGUCUGCUACUCUUGCAAUCUUAUAUGGUCAGAAGUGUUUCCUCUGGCUUAGGAACAGUCUUGCCUUCCAAACCUAAUAACUUUCUUUAGAUCUCACUUAACUUAAUCGUGAAUCCAUUUUGGAAAUUGGUAGCAUUUAAACCAGCAAACACGUAAAGCUUUAUUAAACUUUUUAAACUGAUAAGUGAAUGGAACUUUUAUUUGCCAGUUGAACUACUUGUUUGAACUGGUGUGAGAGUGAGUCUGUUUUACUGGUAGUACUGUAGCAGCAUUUAUAAAGUGGUCAGAAGCCACAUUUUAUUUACUGGUCUGUGGCCUUUUACUGUGCUUUGUAUCAGAGUUCUUAACAAGAUUAAUAAAUCACCCCAGUCUUAAUUUUUAA